CGAAAAUAAAUACAAUGCAAAAACAACAGAGGUCUGUUCGUCCGUCAAGACUCUGAAAGCUGAAAACAGAGUGAGGGAGAGAGAGAGAGACGCAAACAGAUAAAACGACGAUGGCGGAAGUGAAGAACAAACAAGUGAUAUUCAAGAAUUAUGUGGAAGGCGUUCCCAAAGAGUCAGACAUGUACAUUAGCGAUACUGCUACUAUCAAGUUGAAAGUCCCUCACGAAGAAGAAGCUCCCCUUUCCGUCCUGGUCAAGAACCUCUACUUGUCCUGUGAUCCUGUGAUGCGCAUCCGUAUGAGGAAACCUGGAGACGAAACUUCUUCUUAUUUUACACCCUUUGCCCCUGGCUCUCCCUUGAGUGGCUAUGGAGUGGCUAAAGUUUUGGAUUCCCGGCAUCCUGACUUUAAGGAAGGUGAAUUAGUCUGGGGAACAACCAAAUGGGAAGAUUUUAGCCUAAUCACCACGCCAGAAAGCUUCCAUAAGAUCCAACACGCUGAUGUACCCCUUUCCUACUAUACCGGCAUUCUUGGUAUGCCCGGCAUGACUGCCUAUGCAGGCUUCAACGAAGUUUGUUCUCCUAAGAAGGGAGAAUAUGUCUUCAUUUCAGCAGCAUCCGGUGCAGUUGGUCAGCUAGUUGGACAAUUUGCAAAAUUGUUGGGUUGUUAUGUUGUUGGAAGUGCUGGAAGUAAAGAAAAGGUUGAACUUUUGAAGAAUAAGCUUAAAUUUGAUGAAGCUUUCAACUAUAAGGAAGAGCAUGACCUGAAUGCAGCUUUGAAAAGGUACUUUCCAGAAGGCAUUGACAUAUACUUUGAGAAUGUUGGGGGAAAUUUGCUUGAUGCGGUCCUCCUUAACAUGAGAGUCCAUGGCCGCAUUGCAGUGUGUGGAAUGAUAUCACAGUAUAAUCUUGAUCGACCGGAAGGUGUGACGAAUUUGAUGUGUCUGAUAUAUAAGCGGAUCCAUAUGCAAGGAUUUACAGUCCGGGAUUACUAUCACCUGUAUCCCAAGUACUUGGAGUAUAUUCUGCCUUGCAUAAGAGAGGGAAGAGUGGUAUAUUUAGAAGACAUUGCUGAAGGGCUUGAGAAUGGACCUGCAGCAUUGGUUGGACUUUUUAGUGGUCGCAACGUUGGAAAACAAGUGGUUUCAGUGUCCCAUUAGUUAGUUGGAUGGCCUUUGUUUUGUUGUAUAUCUUAUUGUGCCGGUGCGUGCAUCUCAGUGUGCCUCUUGACUCUUGAGUGUUGUCUAAGUGUGUCUGUUACUGUGUUUAUGGAUGUGAAUUCGUGCUUAUUCUAGCUAAGUAAUCUGUAAUCUGUAUUCUGUAUUCUGUAUUCUGUAUUCUGUAUAGUAGAGCAAACGAACGUACUGUCAGUGUGUGAUGAUGCCUGCUUUGGUUAAAUUGCAUUGUCAAUCAUGCCGUUGGAUUGGAUGCUUCUCUCUCCUGUUUAUUUCUUCAA